ACUAUGACAACAAUGAUGAAACUCAUAAACUUCUUGAGAGCAACAUCUGCACUACAGCACCGCUUGCUUCGCACAUUCCUGACAGAGGUAGAUGCAGCUUAUGAUGAUUUGCUCCUUCACAACAACAUCAGAUGGCUGAGCAAAGGCAAGGUCCUGGAGCGUUUUUGGGCCGUAAGAAAAGAGCUGGAAAUGUUUCUGUCACAGCACAAGAGCACAAAAGCAACACAAUUCCUGGAACUUCUGAGAAAUGACGAGAAAAUGGAAGUUGUGGCAUUUUUGGCAGAUAUAACAUCUCAUCUCAAUGAGCUAAAUCUGAAGCUACAGGGGAAGGACAGCACGGUGUGUGAGCUGAUGUCAGCAGUGCGAGCCUUCCAGAGGAAGCUGGAGAAUUUCAAAGUUGACCUACAGGAGAGAAUGGGACACUUCCCCAAACUUCUGGAACAGACCAAAGGAAAAGGAGAUCACAUUCAGUGUCAUGUGGAAUUCCUGGAGAAGCUGAUUGCAAAUUUCAAGACUCGUUUUGAUGACUUUAUCUUAGGAAAACAAGUCCUACUGUUCAUUGAUAACCCAUUCCUGGUCAGAAAUGUAAGAGAGUUCUCUGCAGAAGCACACCAAGUCUUCCCAUGGGCAACACCUGCUACUCUGCAAAAUGAGUUGAUUGACCUCCAGGAAAAUAUUGCACUGAAAGAGGCUCAGUGUGACGCUGUCACUUUCUGGACAAGGAUGGUAACUGCAGCAAAUUAUCCUCUGCUGCAUAAGCUGGCAAUUAACAUUCUCACAAUGUUUGGGUCAACUUACAGAUGUGAGUCUGCAUUCUCCACAAUGAAUAUUGUGAAAAACAUGUACCGUACUAGACUCACCAAUGAACACUUGCAUCAGUGUCUCCGCCUGGCCAUCACACCUUUUGUGCCAAAGUUCAAAGUCUUGGCAACAAGCACAAAAUGUAAUUUCUCUCAUUAAGCAGCAGUG